UCUGGUGAAGUUCGUAGCAGAACGCUCUUAAGUGAUUCUCUGCCUUCAACACGGCAUUGGAGCGCCCGUCUACAAAGACAAUUUCGAAGAGAUUUCACCAUGUUUUUAACUGAUGAUAUGAGUCGAUCAUGGUCGCUAGGUUAUGUGAGGAGAACCGAAAAGCCUUGAAGGAGCAGUACUGUCUGUUAUCUCGACCAAAAACGUCACCUCAGAAACAUGAGAAAUUGUCUCCUGUGGAAAGUCAUUUUGUUUUGGAUAUUAGCUGAUGCUCAGGCAGGUGAAGAUGGAGAGAUUACAGCUGAAGAGCAGGUACAGAUGCUACUGGAUGCGAAGGUGCAAUGUCUACAGAAGGUCUCCAUAGACGACCCUGCAGUUGGUGUGUGUACUCCGGAGUGGGAUGGUUUGAUAUGUUGGGCACAAGGUUUUCCUGGAACUCUGACCAAGACCCCCUGCCCCAGAUACAUUUAUGAUUUCAAUCAUGCAGGCCAUGCCUACAGGAGGUGCGACUCCAACGGUUCCUGGGUGCUCGCUGAGAGCUCAAACAAGACCUGGGUUAACUACACAGAAUGCAUUAAAUCCCCAGAGCCCAACAAAAAGAGACAAGUCUUUUUUGAGCGACUUCAUGUCAUGUACACAGUAGGCUAUGCCGUUUCCUUCAGCUCCCUUCUUGUGGCCAUAUUUAUUAUUGGCUAUUUCAGGCGUCUUCACUGCACCAGGAACUACAUUCACAUGCAUUUGUUUGUAUCGUUCAUGCUGCGUGCCGUCAGCAUCUUUGUAAAGGAUCAUGUAGUUCACACCAGCGCCGGCCUGCAGGAGUUUGACGCUGUGCUUAUGAAUAACUACACUAAUGCGGUGGAUGUGGCACCAGUGGACACAUCACAGUAUAUGGGUUGCAAAGUGACAGUCUUGCUGUUCAUUUAUUUCCUGGCUACAAACUACUAUUGGAUCCUGGUGGAAGGCUUGUACCUACACAGUCUCAUCUUCAUGGCUUUCCUGUCUGACUCUAAGUACUUGUGGGGCUUCACUUUAAUCGGAUGGGGUGUUCCUGCUAUCUUUGUAGCAGCAUGGGCAGUUGUCAGGGCAACACUGGCGGAUGCAAGAUGCUGGGAGCUGAGUGCAGGAAACAUCAAAUGGAUCUACCAAGUCCCUAUUUUGACAGCCAUUGGGCUCAACUUUAUCCUGUUUGUCAAUAUCGUGCGGGUGCUUGCGACCAAGAUCCGCGAGACCAAUGCAGGCAGAUAUGACACGAGAAAACAGUACAGGAAGCUCGCCAAAUCCACACUAGUGUUGGUGCUUGUGUUUGGGGUGCACUACAUCGUGUUUGUUGGAAUGCCUCACACCUUCGAGGGUUUGGGCUGGGAGGUGCGCAUGUACUGCGAACUGUUCUUCAACUCUUUCCAGGGCUUCUUUGUGUCCAUCAUCUAUUGCUACUGUAAUGGCGAGGUCCAGACCGAGAUCAAGAAGACAUGGACGCGGUGGAACCUUGCCUUUGAUUGGAAGGGCCCGGUGAUUUGCGGAAGCUACCGCUAUGGCUCUGUAUUAACCGGCCUCAACAACAGCACCAGCAGUCAGUCCCAGCUGGCCGGAGGUCCGGGCACACGUUCCACCACGCUCUUCUCCAGCCGGGUCUACCGCAGCAGCGGAGGUCCCACCAUCACCGCCCAUGCCGCUCUGCCAGGCUACGUGCUCAAUUCGGACGCUGACAGCUUGCCACCCUCCAUACCCGAGGAGCCAGAGGACAGCGCCAAACAGGUGGAUGACAUCCACCUGAAGGAAUCUCUGCCCACGAGACCCAGCAGCGGCCUGGAGGAUGAUGAGGAAACUCUGUAAAUAAUGAUGUGGUAAUAGUCGGUCUGGCAUAACAGCAUGUUUCAUUUAAAGCACAUUGCUGUGGAUAGCAACUUUCCAUCCGCAGCGGACACUUCCUGUCAAAGCUGUGACACGUAGUUUUGUUGGCACAAUGGCAGUAGCGGAUAGAUUGAUAUGUUCGUGACAAGAUGUCUCCUUGCCUCACUUUGACAAAAACUCGUAUGGCACAACUAAAAAUGUGGAAACUUUAACAUUUAUAAAUGGCUGCUUUAAAUACAUCUGAAACUGCCAAUAGGCGAAAAAAUCAACUUAUUUUUUAUUUGUCGUUUCAUUUGCAAAGAAUUCGAAGAAUAAAGUGUUUUUGUGGUGACAAGCAUGAGUUUCCAUACAUUUGUCUACUUUAUGAAGGUGUUGUACAGAAUAAGUGAUUUAAAAAAAAAAUUAAAUGCUGGAAAAAAAUGAUGGAGGUCUCCAUUGCAC